AUGACAGGACCUUCAACACCCGGUCAAGAAGGGCCCUCCUUCGCACCUCCUCCUCUCCCAUCUGGCUGGAUUGCCCAAUGGGACGGCAAUUCCAAGAAAUACUAUUUCGUGCAACUCAGCACUGGGGCUUCGCAAUGGGAUACACCUACGCACGCUGCACCUACGGGUCCUACCCCCCAAGCCACACCACAGGGAACAGAACACCCAUAUGGAUUACCAGGAGAGAAUGGAAGUCAGGGUCAUGCGCAGGAGAUGGGCGGUGAUGGGACCAGAGGAUUUGGAGGGGAGAAUGCGGGCGGUGAUGGGGAGAGAGGUAUCGGGUCUUUCAUCACCAACCAAUAUCUUAAGAAACAAACCGGAGGCAUUCUUGGUGGAGGCAGUAGCAGUUCCGGUUCACAAGGUGGAUUGGGAGGACUAGGCGGACUCGCCGGUUCGUUCCUUGGAGGGGGAUCAUCCGGAUCAAGCCACAAUAAUAAUUCGCAUUCGACGAGUGGAGGUGGUUCAUCAGGUAUUGCCGGACUCGCCAGUUCAUUCCUUGGAGGAGGAUCAUCCGGAUCAAAUCACAAUAACAACAAUUCGCAUUCGACAAGUGGAAGUGGUUCAUCAGGUAUUGCCGGAGCUUUGAUGGGCAGUUUAUUGGGCGGCGGAAAGAAAACAGACAACGCGCAGAAUCAGAAUCAGAAUCACUCUAGUUCGCAGAGUGGUCAACAUGGACAAAGUGGUGGAAGUGGAUUGAUGGGAAGUUUGGGAGGAAUGUUCGGCCAUCAGAGUCAAUCUCAGGGUGGUGGAAACUUUGGAUAUUCAAACAAUAGCAGUGGAAGCCAAGGAGGCUAUUCCGGUGCUGCUCCUCCAAGUUCCUAUCAACCAGGUGGUACAAGCCAAAAUAGUUACAGCUCUCCAGCUCCUGCACAGCAAUCUUAUGGACAAGGAGCUACACACUCUCCAUCGUCACAGUCCUAUUCUCAAGGUCAUGCACCAUCUUACUCCCCAGGAUCUGCUACAUCACAUCAAUAUGAUCCACAAAACCCAUCUCACGGUAUGCCACCAAAACAUGAAUAUGGUGCUCCAGGUCAACAAUCACAAUAUGGUGGUCCUCAACAUCAGUCUUCAUUUGGACAAGCACCACAAUCACAACAUAAUCAAUACCCAGGAGCUCCAGCUUAUGGAUCUGGUCCAAGUUCUCCAGGUGGAUAUGGUGCACCUCAACAUCAACAGCAUGGACAGCACCAACAACAUCAAUACGGUGGUCCACCUGGCCCAGAAAUGUCAGGAGGAAUGUAUGGUGGUGGAGCGCCUCCUGUACCACAUGGAAGCCAUCCUCACCAUGGUCAACAUCAACAACAUGGCUCACAAGGUGGUUCAUCUGGUGGUUACCCUCCUCCUCCUUCAGGUGGUUAUCCCGGACAACCAGGAUGGUAG